AUGUCUUACAAAUCAGCUGAAGAUUAUGAUUUCAAGUAUUCAAUCAAUUUACCAAGAAGGUUAAAAGCGAACAGAAGAGAACGAGCUAGAAUGCAUGCCUUGAAUGAUGCACUGGAACAACUGAGAAAAAUGUUACCUAAUGAUUCGUAUAGCUCAUUAACAAAACUAAGCAAAAUUGAAACUCUUAGGCUUGCUCGAGAUUACAUAACAUCUCUAGUUGAAUUAUUAAACAUUUCUGGCAGCUCAGAAAGAGGUCAGUUAGCAAACAAUUCCAAUGAAUGUGAAUUAUCUGAAAAUGGUUUGAUUCGCCCGCCAUCAUUCACGAUAGUCAGUUCAAACAACAUUGGACACUAUACUUUACAAAAACACUUAUGCAGUACGCUCCUAACAAGGAGACAUCACAGCGAUUCUGAUCAUUUUCUUUACUACAACUGCAAACAUUUUUAG